GUGUGUUCGCUAAAACAUGGAUGACAACAAAGAUGCGGCAGCUCGUCGGGAGGCGAGACGAAGGCGCAUUUUGCAAAAUCCCGAGGAGCGUUUGCGGAAAUUGAAAGGAUUGUCUGAAGGAGACACUGUGCAGAAUGAGCCCUGCCAUGGCCAUGGCCACGACCUCCCUCCUGCUAAAUUUGAGCCCUUCGAGGCGCCCAAAGUCACCCUCCCAAAAGAAGAGAGCAGAAACACGACUGCUGCUCCAUUUGACCCAGUGCCUCUCUUCGAGAUGGCUUCUUCCUUAAAGACUGAGGAUGACGACGGCCCGGUGGAAUUGUCCCCUCCUGACCUCCAACGCACCAGUCUGGUGGACAGGAUCGUCAGUUUGAAACUUCACACUGCCGUGCUGGCUGUGGUUGUCCGAAUUCUUCUCGCCUUCAACAUGGGGGGCUUUUUUGGACACACGAUUUUGGUGCCGUUGUUCAUCAUCGAGUUCCCCGUUUAUGUGAUGAAUCUUGGUAGAAGUGAGAAAGGAACUGGAUUACUUGGAGCAGCACUCGUCCUCAGUGGAAUUGGACAAAGCAAAACCCACUCUCUGCUCAGAACUGUGUGUUUACUGCAAGAAAUUGCAACCGACGUAGCAGUUUACCUAUUUGUCUUUUUGCUAUGCCACGCUACAUUUCUGUGGCUUGGCAUUUCUUAGUGUUAGUUUCAGUUUUGACCUUUUUUCAAUGCGAAAUGGACUGAAUGUGGAAGAAUCUUUUUUAAGUGUGCUACUGUUUUUAAUACUUCUUGGUUCAUUCAAUGGUCUUGAUUGUGUAUAUCCUUCAUCAGUGAUAAAUAAUAAAAAGCCUAUCUCAGAGUAAAA